UUUAAAUUCUAGGCUGGUAUUGUAUGUAAGCUAAAUUCACGUUGUGCAGUCAUAGCCGCGUGUAACCCAAAAGGUCAUUAUCAAAGAGAUCAACCACUAAGUGUCAACGUAUCUAUGGGAAGUCCUUUGUUAAGUAGGUUUGACUUGAUAUUUAUUUUACUCGAUUCAAAAAACAAAACUUGGGACAAAUUAGUGUCAUCCUACAUAUUGUUUGGUGAUAGUAAUCGAAACGAGAGUAACAAGAAAUGGACAAUUGAGAAACUACAGAUGUACAUAGGAUUAAUAGGUCCUAGACCUACUCAGAUGACAAAAUCAGCUAACAAAAUUCUGCAAUGUUACUACAUGAUGCAGAGAAAGUCAGAGUAUAGAGAUCCUUCAAGAACAACUGUUAGAAUGCUUGAUAGUUUAGUGAGAUUAUCACAAGCUCAUUGUCGCCUUAUGUACAGAACCACUAUAUUACCGAUAGAUGCAAUAACAGCCAUUUCUCUAGUUGAUUUAUCAAUGCAAGAUUGUACUUUAGAAGACACAGUAGAUGCUUUACAUUCUACAUUCCUUAAUUAUCCAGAUUUUGAUUACCUAUGUACUGCAAAAAAACUGCUGACUAGAAUGAGUUUACAUGAUAUAUGGAAAGAAGAGUUACUUUAUUAUGGAAAAUUACUUCAAAUAGAUCACAAAACUUUAGAAAAUCAUAUAGAUAGCAAAAACUUUCAAUUUUUUGCCAAAUAUGAUGAUGUGGCGGAUGAUAACAUACCUCUAUCUGCUUCACUUGUAACUAGUUCCUAUUUUAGUAAUAAGAAAAAUCAUGAUAAUAACGAAAAUCAAUAUAAAAAAGAUGUGGAUGAUAAAGAAAAAUCUAAUGCAAAGGUUAUUAAUGAUAAAUUAGCAGUAACUCUUAAGAAACACUCUACUUUAAAUAAAAUAGAAAAAGAACUACCAAAUGUUAAUAAAAGGCAAAAAGUAACUAAACGUAACAGAAAAGAAAUAACAAUUGAUACAACUUCAUUUGGAAAUAAAAAAGAAAAAAAGAUUCCAAACACUAAAAGAGUUAAAUCUGAUAAAAAAUCUAAAAUUAAUGUGUGUCCAGAAUCAGAAAUAUUGAAAGCAGUGCCUAGUGUUAAUGAUAUAUUCACAGAACUAGGAAUCGAUUUUAAAACAGUUAUGGAUUGCGAUUCUAGUAAUGAAAUCAGUGAGAAUAGUAAAAAUGAUUCAACAAAUGAAAUUGAUGUAGAUGAAGAUAAAAACAAAAAUUGUCCAAAGAAAGAUGAUGAAAAACUAUUAAACAAGACAGCCAAUAUGCUAAAACAGUUUGAAUUUACUGAAAAACGUGAUUUGAAUAAAUUUUACGAUGAAAAAAUUGACAGAAAUAAUUUAGAACAAAACAAAACUACAAUUACAGCCCUAACAGACAUAAAAAAUAAGAACUGUAGUUUUUUAGGAAAUAAUAAAUCAUCAGGAUCAAGCUCACAGAUAUCUAUGUUUGAAAGUUCCGACUGUGAUAUAGAUUUAGACAUAUAAAAGUAGAUUUUAAUUAUUGUAUUAUGGAAUAAAUACUAUUUGUUGAUCUAUAUUAUCUAAUUUUUAAUAUAAAAUAUCUAUUUACAA